GUUUGUGACGUCAAGACCCUUCGAACGCACGCUUCGCAGGGUACAGAGCUUACAAUGGAACACAGCAUGCGAAAUGGGUCAGUACUUGGUCUGACACUUAUGACGUUUUCAAGUCAAAAAUCUGAGUACGGACAAGGAUGCAUCGUCCCCGGUGUUGAAAAUCGGCAGUGCGUCUGUUCAGACUUAAGGCUUUGUGCUGCGGUCUCCGCCCGGUGGUGAGUUUCCUCAAGAUAUUUGUGUUAUUCUUAGACGAAGAUCUUCAACAAGAGCAGUGAUGCACACUUCGGCGUUUGGCUGCAAAAUGAGUUUGGGUUUACUUUUUAAUGGACUCCUUAUUUCUGUGCUAGCAGCUUUACUGUGGGAGUACUCCAAGUUGAGAGAACAUGCAGCGGUGCUACAGGAGGAGUUGCACAUGACGCAGAAGACCCAAGAACUUACGCAGGAUCCUAUAGACUAUCAUCUCGCCCUCCAGACUCUUCAUGAAGAUGGCACCCGCAUGGUGUGCAGCAGCAAAAUGCACACCGAUCGGAUCUGCCGCUUCGAUUACCUUUGCUACUGCACUGAGGGCGAUGAGUUUGUGUUCUUCCAUUCUAAUUAUUCCAUUAUGUUGCCAAAUUUGGGUUCGAGGCGAUUUCAACCCGCUCUGCUCGACAUGUCCUCAGUAGAAGAUCACAAUACCCAGUAUUUCAACUUUUUAGAGCUACCGACUGCUGCUUUGAAGUUCCUGUCCAAGCCUGUGUUUGUUCCAGAUGUGACAUUUAUUUUUAACAGGUUUAAUCCCGACAACAUAAUGCAUGUUUUUCACGAUGAUCUUUUGCCUGCCUUUUAUACUAUGAAACUGUUUUCAGAUCUGGAUGAGAAGGCACGGUUGGUGUUCAUGGAGGGUUGGGGUGAAGGGCCACACUUUGAUCUUUACAGACUUUUGAGCAACAAACAGCCACUACUCAAAGAACAUCUUAGAGACUUUGGAAAGCUCAUUUGCUUUACUAAAUCUUAUGUGGGUGUGUCCAAGAUGACAACUUGGUAUCAAUAUGGUUUUGUUCAGCCACAAGGGCCCAAGGCUAACAUUUUGGUCUCGGGAACAGAAAUUCGACAGUUUUCUAAAGCGUUUCUGGUUAAAAUGAACAUCACGAGAAUUGAAGAGGCAGACAAGGACGCCAGUGGUGAGGAAGAGAGCGAGAAAGAGGAAUACAUCGUUCUAUUCAGUCGCUUGACAACAAGGCUAAUACUGAAUGAAGGUGAGCUCAUCACCGCAAUGGCUCGCGAGUUCCAGAUGAAAGUCUUUAAAGUUUCGCUAGAAGAACAGUCAUUUCCCACCAUUGUCCGCCUUGUCAGUGGUGCUUCGAUGCUAGUGAGCAUGCACGGAGCCCAGCUUAUCACCUCGCUUUUUCUCCCCAGAGGAGCUGUUGUGGUUGAACUUUUCCCCUAUGCUAUAAACCCAGAGCAGUAUUCUCCUUAUAAAACGCUAGCCACCCUUCCAGGCAUGGAUCUGCACUAUUUUUCAUGGAGGAACAUGAAGAAGGAAAACUCUGUGGCUCAUCCAGACAGACCUUGGGAACAAGGAGGCAUAGCUCACUUGAAGAAGGAAGAGCAGGCGCGAAUAAUGGCUAGUAAAGAAGUAUUAAAGCACUUGUGCUGUCGCAACCCAGAGUGGCUCUUUCGUAUCUACCAGGAUACUCUCGUUGAUAUCCCUUCACUCCUUCAAGUUCUAAAGGAAGCUAUGAAAAGUAGACUGAGCUUCAACAAGUCCAAACCCACCAGUAAGAUUCAUCCAGGCAGGGUCAGGGAAGCCCAGUGUCAAACUUCUGUACAAGCUACUGACAAGGCACAACUGAUCAUUUCCUGGAAGAUCCCGUGGAAUCUGAAAUACCUGAUAGUAAAGGAGGUUAAGUAUGAAGUGUGGAUACAAGAACUAGGAGAGAAUACCUACAUGCCUUACAUCCUUCAACAGCAUAACUUCACCUUUUCAGAAAACAUUAAGCCUUUUACCACCUACAUGGUAUGGGUCAGGUGUAUAUUCAACAGCAACCUUCUGGGUCCCUUUGCUGAUGUUCUUGUAUGUAAGACUUAAGGUUGCCAUACAAUUGAAAUAUUCAUUUUGUGGAAGUACGUCAUGAAUAGUUUGCUGUCAUUGAAAAUGUCAAUUCAAAGGUUAUGGAUUGGAAUUACAUUUGUAGCAGUUUUAAAAAUAGAAGCUGUUGUUCGGUGUGUUGGCCUCAAAAAAAAAAAAAAAAAAGACAACCACUUUUGUUUUUGUUUUUAUUUUCCUCCUGCUCAAUGUUGCUUCACCUGAGUACUAGAAAUGCCCCGGAAAGUCAGCGGGCUAAAAGUUCAGGCCCGAACAUUAUGAUGCAAAGUGUGGUUUUGGUGUUGUUCCUUAGCACUUGUUAUUCACUGAAAGAAGCAAUCUUACCAUGACAUAACCAAGAGCCGUUUGGCCUUGCAAAUUUCUCUCUCGCGCUUGCUAGCCAAUACAGUGGUACCUCAAGAUAUGAAUAAAACACCACAUUCUAUUUUAUAAUAAGGGUAAACCAAGAUGAAAUAAGGGGCAAUUACAUUUGAAACAUUCAAUAUACCUAACCUAACUGUAAUGAAGUAGAUCAUACGACAUAUUGCAAAAA